AUGCCCGCCGCCGGCCUCCGCCCGCUCGCCGGCGCCCUCCUCCUCCUCCUCGUAUUCAUCUCCACCGCGGCCGCCAACGCCAGGGUGGGCGACGAGUGCUCCGCCGGCGCAGGCUGCGGCUCGGGGCUGCACUGCGCCGCCUGCGGCGACGGCGUGGCCGGCGUCUGCGCGCGCGCCACCCCCGUCGACCCCCUCACGCACGUAAGCCGCCGCCCCUCCUCCUGCUCGCAAUGGCGCCUCAUUUCGUUCCUUCCUUCAUUUAAAGAAGAACCGCUGCUUCAUCAGGGCACCGGCCUCCCCUUCAACAACUACUCCUGGCUCACCACGCACAACUCCUUCGCCCUCGCCGGCGCCCCCUCCGCCACCGGCGCCGCCAUCAUCGCCCCCACCAACCAGGAGGACUCCGUCACCGCGCAGCUCAAGAAUGGUGUUAGGGGCUUGAUGCUUGACACUUACGAUUUCAACAAUGAUGUCUGGCUGUGCCACUCAUUCGGUGGGAAAUGCUACAAUAUUACAGCAUUUCAACCUGCCAUCAAUGUCUUCAAAGAAAUCCAGACGUUCCUUGAAGCAAACCCUUCAGCGGUAAUCACGGUUUUCCUGGAAGACUACACUGUUGCAGGUUCCCUGCCAAAAGUAUUCAAUGCUUCCGGCCUCAUGAAGUAUUGGUUCCCGGUGGCAAAAAUGCCCAAGACCGGUGGCAACUGGCCUUUGCUCAAGGACAUGAUCAGCCAGAAUGAGCGUCUGCUCGUCUUCGCAUCGAAGAAAGCAAAAGAAGCAAGCGAGGGGAUUCCGUACGAGUGGAAUUACGUUGUGGAAAGCCAAUAUGGCAAUGAGGGUAUGGUGGAGGGCAAGUGCCCGAAUCGCGGAGAGUCCCCUGCCAUGGAUUCCAAGAGCCAGUCGCUUGUUCUGAUGAACUUCUUCACAACGGACCCGAACCCCACCGGGGUUUGCGGGAACAAUUCCGCACCACUUGCUAGCAUGCUAAAAACCUGCCAUGAUCUGUCGGGCAAUCGGUGGCCCAACUACAUCGCCGUUGAUUACUACAUGAGGAGCGACGGCGGAGGCGCUUCCUUGGCUACCGAUGUGGCUAAUGGCCAUCUAGUAUGUGGCUGUGACAACAUUGCUUACUGCAAGGCCAACUCGACAUUCGGGACCUGCGUGAUACCCCCGCCCCCACCGCCGUCGCCGCCCAGGGCGCCGGUGAAGGGUACGAGCCCAGGCGGCGAUCCCAGUGCGGCGGUGGCUCGGCUUCCGGCCUUCCAGUGGAGCUGCUUCCUGGGACUGACGUCCCUGGCUCUGCUCUUCCUCUCGUAA